AUGGCGAGGUACAAACCUGGGGUGCUUGUCGCGGGUCAUGGCUGGAGCACACCCCGUCUGGAUGUAGUGUCUCCCGAGGUUCCUGAACACCCCACGAGACCCUCCAUUACUUACAAGAGAGACUGACAUGGCAACUUGCACGUAGCCUCAUAAUACUCACCCAUGAAAAGCGUAGAACAAUAACUUCAGGUUACAGUCCAUCUGAAAAUGGCGUCGGAGUACCUCAGUGGUAUCUUCUCGCUGCAGGGCAAAUCCGCCAUCUUCACAGGCGCGACAGGCGGUCUCGGGUCAGCUCUUGCCUCAGCAUUUGCUCAGGCUGGAGCAUCAAUCAUCUCGAUCGAGCUCGCAGAUGACCCAUUGUCAGCAGACUUGAAGAGUAAAAUUGAGGAUGUGAAAGGCAAAAUCACCCAAGUCCAUUGUGACCUCCGAAACCCCAAGAGUCUUCGGGAUUGUUAUCAGUCGAUAUGGGAAUCUGGAGCAGAACCAGAAAUCCUGGUCAACUGUGCUGGAGUCAUGAAACGCAAUCCGUGUGAAAAUGCAACGGACGACGAACUGGAUUUGUUACUCGACGUUAACGUCAAGUCGGUAUACAUAUCCACACAAGAGUUUGGUCGCAAGCUUUUGUCGCUUAAACGGCCAGGCAAAGUCAUCAACAUUGCCUCGGUCACAUCCUACCAAGCUGGAUUCAACACGAGUGUCUACUCCAGCACCAAAGGCGCCGUUUUGCAGAUGACAAAGGCCUUCAGCACGGAGUGGGCAAGUAAAGGCAUCCAAGUCAACAGCAUUGCGCCAGGGUUCAUGAAGACUCCUAUGACAAGCCAGUAUCAGGACAAUCAGAAAAUGACUGACUACCUGAUGAUGAGAGUGCCAGCGGAAAGAUGGGGUGAGCCGCAGGAUUUAAUACCUGCAGCAUUAUUUCUCGCUGCUCCAGGCAAUACCUUUACCACAGGAGCAUGCAUAAUCGUGGAUGGCGGGUUCUGUGGGAAGUAGGUCACUUUGUACCUCGUAUUAGUAUCAAGCCGGUUCGCUUUGGGACAGCCUCGCAUUUGAGACAUCAAGCCGUCGGUGACCUCACUUCAUAAGCAUGAACCAUCAUGCAGAUUUAUCAGGCUGUAGCAGGGCAUUGAUCAAUAGAAAGAUACUUGACUUGUAAGUCCAUGCCCAGACCAAGAUGAACUUGUGGCAUCUUCGUAGGUAGUUGGGUGAGAAGAGAAAGGAACAAUGUUUGCACGCACAGCCUUGCACGAUACGUG